AUGUCUCAAACUUAUGGGAACUACCAGUUCGAGAUCUACUCUGAAGGAGCCACCUCAGGCGUCACUCCUACCGUCACCACAGAUCCUCACCAGCUUGAAGAACAGGCAAAGACGGCUUUGGAAUUCAGUAAUUUCACAUAUCUUGCGGGUGGAGUAGGAGAAAAAGCCACGAUGGGCAGCAAUCAGUUGCCAAUUCACAAGGAGACCAGACCUGCAGAGACAUGUGGGAAGAUUGGGGUCCCGUAUAUCCUUAGCACAGCGAGCAGCAGCUCGAUUGCUGAUACAGCGAAAGCCAAUGGCAACAGAAAUCGAUGGUUUCAGCUGUUUUGGCCAAUGGACGACAAUACCACACUUUCCUUGUUGAUACGUAUAAACGGCUUGGGUGUCCUUCUAAUCAAUCUGGAUAUAUGGUCACUCGCUUGCGUCACCGACCCAGUAUUCCGCGCCAAAUUUAGAGAGGAAUCGGGCUUGAGAAUCGAAGAAGACAUUAUGGGCGCAUCGAGAUCAUGA